UCGAAAUUUUUUCAAAAUAUGCCACGUUUCGGUUUCAGAAAAAUUUUAAACCACUACAAAGACUCGCAUGAGGAACACAGUUCAGCCACCGAACAGCAGCUGGACAAUCACUCCAAUCAAACAGAGCGCGAUGUCAUCAGCUGCGAGGAGAACGAUUCAGUAGCCACUGAGCUGACCGAGUCAAUGCCAAGCCACGAGCAAUUUCAUAUCGACGACGAGAUGGAACUGCAGCCAACUGCCGAUACACAAUUUGGGCGGCAAAGCAACAGCGAUUAUAGUCUGCCAGCUGGGCGUAAGUUCAUUAGACCCAAGUUGAACGCCAGACGCAACAGUUCGCGCCGACCGAAGGCCAUGCGACAAAGGAAAUCGUGUGCCAUUUGCGGAAAACAGCGAGAAAUCAGUGUUGGCUACGCAUCCGAUGGAUGUAUUUGUGAUGCAUGCAAUGCGACGAUUCUGUCAACAUUUAAGAAUUUCAUGGAUAGAUCCCAACGUUUUCCAUCGGGCCAACAGCAGCAGGAGGAGGAGACGCAGCCGUACCAUGAAUACGGGCAAUCACUGAAGCAGCGGAGAAGCCAAUCUCAAUCUCAAUCUCAACAGAGACCAUCGAUUCACAGUCAAGUAGAGCAACCAAUCUACAGUCAACAGAGAUUACCAUUUCCCAGUCAACCACCAUCAACGCUCAGCCAAAAGAGGCCAUCAGCUCAACUAGUUGAAGGUCAAGAGAUGCACUAUAAUCAACAGGCAAGCCAAACUCAACAGGCACAGCAGCCCACCGCCAAUCAGGGCGAUGUGCCACCCUUCAGUAUUGUAGUGCUGCAGGAUUGCGAGAAUAUCAAUCAGCUGAUUGAUCAGUUGAAAAGUGUCUUGGUGCAGAUGCUGCCACAGCAAUGCAACAAUGCAAAUAACAAGAACAACAACAACAACAGAAGCAGCAAUAACAAUAAUAACAGAAGCAACAAUGGGAGCUUUGAUUAUGGCAGGAAUUACACGGAUAAUCGCUGUCCCUUAAGCCAAGCUAAUACCUGUUCCUGCUCUCCGCCCGUCUAUUAUGGCACUGAUGCAUCUUCCUGCACAUGCGAAGCUCCAAGUAAUCAACAGAAUCGUGAGCACAAUUUUAAUCAGCCCAGGAAAUAUGAUUGGCGUGAACGCCUCGAAUGUGAUUGCUCGUGUGACAUGGAUGCUGGAUCAGAGCAGAGCAACAAGCGGAAGAACAGGAAAAAAAACCACAAGAAAAAAGCUAAUAAAAAUAAAAACAACAAAAAUCGAAGGAACAAUGCAAACAACAAUCAGAACAAAGUCGACGAGGACGACGACGAUUGCGAUUGUUCUAUUAUUGAUGAUAACGAAGACGAUGCAGCUAACUGCUCUGGCUGUAAUUGCGUUUGCUGUAAACAGAAUUCGAAUAAUGAGACGCUGUUUAAGCUCUUCGUACAGAUAUUGCAGAUUUUGCGCGACUCUGCCAAAGAUACGGAAAGUUCUAAGAAGGGUAAGAAGUCCAAGAAGGGCAAAGGCUCGAAGAAGGGAAAGAAAGACGCGGAAGAUAGUGAGAAGAAAGAGGGGAACGGCAAAUCGAAAGGUAAAGCAAAUGCCAAAGGCAAUCGUCAAAUGAAUAAUUCCAAUUUGAACUCAUCUGAAUCGAAUAACCAGAGAAGCAAUCGAGAUGGGGGAGCACGCGGGCCGAACGUUAGACGCAAUUGUCCGCCCGAGUGCAUAGGCGCGACGACGAGGGCGCUGGAACCAUGGAAGCAGCAAGCCUACUGCUGCAGAACUCAGCCAGCCAGAUUCAAGUGUUGCAAGCAUCCGGAUCGAGUGGGUGCAGGUGAUGCCACAAAAUGUGGCAACAUUGGCCAGUGGUCAGCUGCAAAGGGUUUUCAGGCAGUGGCUCAUUAUCGACCCGGCACGGUGAUGUCUCCGGUUACCUAUUUGCUCGCCGAGAAUGGCGAGUGUGUGCGGCGUAGUCUGGUCCGCACUGCGGCAGGUGCCACACUUCAUGAGCGCGUGCAAAGCGAAGCAUUUUAGAUGUCUAUGCAUCCAUAUCGAACGGCCAAUCCGAAUUGUGCUUCCGGCAGUUCGGGCAGACCCAUUCGCUCUCGGUCCGAACAGUUUCCGAGUUGAGUACACAAAUUACGCAUUGUGUAGAUCGUAUAUAGUAUCUGAUUCAUUUAUAUGGAAGUCUCCUCCCAUUUGGCAUUAUAUACCUAUAUGGAACAUAUAAUGCAUAAUUUUGCUCAGCCGCGUAGUGGUUUAUAAUUACACAGUCAAACAAAUCAGUAUCAGAAAAUUUCCGUAAAUAAUCAAGAUCCAUUAUCAGUAUAUUUAAUAAAAUGGCAAAACACAGGGAAAA